AAAGAGCUAAAGGAAGAAGGCAUCUUACUUCAACAUUGCAUUUAAUCCUCGAAGAAAGAUAGGCAACAACAGCCUUUUGACCCUUCACAAUCUAUAUCCCCCAUUCCCCAUUGAUUUCAUUGGAAUACCCAAAAAUCUCGUCCACCUCUGCUCUUCUGAGACAUGGCAAGACUUGGACUUUUUUGGCUACUAGUUCUCUGCUCUGUUCUUUACAUGGGUGGUGGCAUGGCCGACGCCAGACACUCCAGUCCAACAGCUUUCAUCAAGGCCUCGUGCAAGGCCACUCGCUAUCCUGCCCUUUGCGUUCAUUGCCUUUCUCGUUAUGCAAGUGCGAUUAGACACAACGAGCGACAGCUGGCUCAAACAGCCUUGUCAGUGAGCCUAGCCAGGGCCCGCUCAGCUGCGGCGUUCGUGGCGAAGAUGACUAAGGUCAGGGGGAUCAAGGCCAGGGAGUAUCAAGGCGUGAAAGACUGCAUAGAGAAUUUGGGUGAUAGCGUGGACAGGCUUAGCCAGUCGCUCCGAGAGCUGGGCCAUUUCGGUCGAGCCGUGGGUCAGGACUUCUUGUGGCACAUGAGCAACGUUCAAACAUGGGUUAGCGCGGCGCUGACCGACGACAGCACUUGUCUUGAUGGGUUCGCCGGUCGUGUCUUGGACGGAAAUGUGAAGGCUACUAUACAGAGAAGGGUCAACAAUGUUGCUCAAGUCACUAGCAACGCCCUUGCACUGCUAAAUCGUUUUGCUUCAAGACGCCGACCUGCAAUGGCAGCAGAAAAGCCUUGAAACAAGAGAUUUGGUGGGUUGAUUUCUCUAAGUAAUUAUAAGGUUGUGUUUUCAUGUCAAAAAAAAAUUAUAAGGUUGUGUUUGGGGCUCUCACUCUCAGUGUGCUGCUUAAUAAGGUUAAGGUUUGUAUUUUCAGCUAAUGUUUAAUUGGCUUUGUAUAUAUAGUUUCUAAGUUUUGUUUCUUAAUUAU